UAGAACCAGAUGCUUUCUUACACUGAACCUUUCUUGCUGCAAUGCCACAUUCGCCGGCCAUGCGAAGUGUGCUGCCACCCUUGCCCAAUCUGGUCAAGGAAGGGCCUCAGGUGCGCCGUGCAGCGCUGCUGGCGCGUGUCAGGGCCCGCAGCUCUGCUUUGGCUGGUCUGGAUGACUUGGACCGAAAGAAACGAGAGGUGGCGUUGGCAGCUGUGACUGCAAAUGGCAUCGCCCUGCAGUGGGCACCAGAUCGCUUCAAAAACGACAAAGAAGUGGUGCUUGCGGCUGUUGCCAGUGCUGGGCAAGCUCUGAAGUACGUGGGGAAGGCCUUGCAAGCUGAUCGCGACGUCGUUUCUGCUGCGGUUCAGCAAAACGGUCUUGCACUUCACUUUGCUUCACCCAGACUGCGGCGUGACAAGGAGCUUGUGCUUGAAGCAUGCCAACGGGAUGGGGCAGCUCUCCUCUUUGCCGAUGACCAGCUUCGCAAAGAUGAGGACUGCAAAGACAUUGCUAUGGCUGCGCACAGCAUCCAAUCCGCCUCAACAUCUGUCCGAAGUUCCAGAAGUAGCAGGGAGAGAAGUCGUUUUGUGGCUUCCACCCGCGAUGGGCGUUGGCCAUCGUUGCUGCAUUGGAGCUAUCACCCGUUUUUGGCUGCUAGCAAUGCAAGGGCCGUCGGAGAUUCUGAAGCUGCUCGAAGGCGUAGCAUGAGGGCAGGGCAAACUUUCAGCGGAUGGCAAGGACUGUCGCGUGAACUUACGCAGUGAGUUGUCUGCACGUUUGAGCGCAGCUAGCACUGCCUGGCAUUUAGUCAACAGUAAUGGAUAGUCCGUAGAGUUCCUAGAGAUCAGACAAUGUGAUAGUGGCCAAGUCGUGACCAAGGACAGCAGUAGACAACCGCGCGGAGUGCUGCCAAUGCAGCACUGUUUCACUUUUUUCGAAAGGCCAAAGGUUUUGCCUUGGAGCUCCCAACCCUUGAGAUGGACCAGAGAUCUUUUCAUUCGAAACAGAUCUUGUUUCAGUGGACAUCUCUGUAGGACCAUGUAGGAUUUUCGGGGAUGGCAGAGAAUACAGCUGUCAGGUGGCGCAUC